CCUCACACGCGUACGGCCGCGCUAUCCCAGAAUGCAGUGCGAAUGGCGCGUCAUCGGAGAGGGACCAUGAUGGCGGCGGUCGGUGCACCUGAAGUGAUCGCACAGCUGGAAAGCGCUGCAAAAGUUUUAAUGGCUCCACCCUCCAUGGUCAGCUCCGAGCAGAGGCAGCACGCGGAACACAUCUUCUUGGCCUUCAGGAAGUCUAAGUCCCCGUUUGCGGUGUGCAAACAGAUCCUAGAGAGCAGUAAGGUGGACUACGUGCUCUUCCAGGCGGCCACAGCCAUUAUGGAGGCGGUGGUCCGGGAGUGGAUCCUCCUGGAGAAGAGCAGCAUCGAGUCUCUGCGAACGUUCCUACUCACCUAUGUCCUCCAAAGGCCCAAUCUGCAGAAGUAUGUUCGGGAGCAGAUCCUUCUGGCUGUGGCAGUCAUCGUUAAGAGGGGUUCUCUGGACAAGUCCAUCAGCUGCAAAAGUUUGCUCCACGAAGUGGGCCAGCUGAUCAGCAGUGGAAACCCCACAGCCCAAACCCUGGCCUGCUCAAUCCUCAUGGCCCUGCUCAGCGAGUUCUCCAGCUCCAGUAAAACCAGUAGCAUUGGCCUCAGCAUGGAGUUCCACGGCAGCUGCAAGCGGCUCUUCCAGGAGGACGCUCUACGGCAUAUCUUCGUUAUGACAAUGGAGGUGCUACAGGAGUUCAGCCGCAGAGAGAACCUAAGUGCUCACAUGUGCUCAGUGUUCCAGCGCUACCUGGCUCUGGCCAAUCAGGUGCUCAGCUGGAACUUCCUGCCCCCAAACCUGGGACGACACUACAUUGCCAUGUUCGAGGCCACGCAGAAUGUGACGCUCAAGCCCAGCGAGUCCUGGAGGGAGGCGCUGCUAGACACACGCAUCAUGGACCUCUUCUUUGCUGUGCACAAGAAAGUCCGUGAAGACUCUGACAUGGCCCAGGAGUCACUGCAGUGCCUGGCCCAGCUGGCAUCCAUGCACGGGCCCAUCUUCCCAAACGAGAGCGCCCAGGUGUCUUACCUGGCUCACAUGGUGGAGGGGCUGCUCGGUAUGAUCAAUGGGAUGGAGAUGGAGGACUCGGAGGCCAUGGGCAUCGCUAACAUCAUGUCUAACCUGAUCAGCAUGUUCCCCCGCAGCACCCUGACUGCGCUCCCACCCGACCUCUUCACCUCCUUCAUCAACUGCCUCACUGUACUCACCUGUUCAUUCGGACGCAGUGCCGCCCUGGAGGAAACUAUGGACAAAGAUGACAUUGUGUAUAUGGAGGCGUAUGAGCGUCUGCUGGACUCCUGGCUCACUUUAGUGCGGGAUGAGCAGCACUUCCCUCGGAGCUGCCUGGACCAGCCCGCUGUGCAGGUCUUCAACGUUUACAUCCAGUGCCACCUGGCUGCCCCGGACGGCACCCGCAACAUGUCUGCUAACGGCGUAGCGUCACAUGAUGAAGAGGAGAUCAAUGAGCUCCAGGAGGACGAUCGUGAGCUCUUCUCAGGCCAGCUGUGCAGCAUCGGCAUGAUGGGCCGUGUGGCAGCAGACCACUGCAUUCCGCUGCUCACAAGCCUGUUAGAGGAGCGGGUGACUCGGCUCCAUGGGCAGCUCCAGAGGACGCAGCAGCACCUCAUGGCCUCCUCAGACCUGGGAACAGUCGACCGCAAAGUCCUAGACGACCUGUACGAAGACAUCCACUGGCUCAUUCUGGUCUCAGGGUACGUGUUAGCAGACGACCCUCAGGGCGAGACUCCUCUCAUCCCCUCUGAGGUCAUGGACUUCUCCAUCAAACACGCCACAGAGGUGGACAUCAACACUACACUGCAGAUCCUGGGCUCUCCGGGCGAAAAGGCCUCCUCCAUUCCUGGCUUCAAUCGCACAGAUUGUGUUAUCAGGCUGCUGUCUGCAGUGCUGCGCACUUCUGAAGUGGAGUCUCGGGCCACUAGAGCCAGUUUGACAGAGAUGCUCAGUCCUCAGAUGGGGAAGGACAUUGUGUGGUUCCUUCGCCGUUGGACUAAGAGUUACCUGCUGCUGGACGAGAAGCUGUACAAGCAGAUUAGUAUCCCUCUGAGCACAGCGUUUGGGGCAGACACCGAGGGCUCCAGGUGGAUUGUGGGAUAUCUGCUGGAGAAGGUCAUCAGUAACCUGUCAGUGUGGAGCUCCGAGAGCGAGCUGGCCACCGACACAGUGGAGCUGCUUGUUACCCUGGUAGAGAGGAGGGAGAGGGCUAACCUGGUGGUGCAGUGUGAGGGUUGGUGGAGGCUGGCUAAGCAAUUUGCCAGCCGCAGCCCUCCGCUCCAUCUGCUAUCCAGCUCUGUGCAGAGGAGCCUGAUGAAGGCACUAGUCCUAGGCGGCUUUGCUAACAUGGACUCGGACACCAAGCAGCAGUACUGGGCUGAGGUCCUCCACCCGCUGCAGCAGCGCUUUCACAACCUGAUAAACCAGGAAAACUUUGCUCAGAUGAGUCAGGAGGAGGCUGUGAAGCAGGAGAUCAUCGCCACACUAGAGGCUCUCUGCGGUAUCGCAGAGGCCACACAGAUCGACAAUGUGGCCUCUCUCUUCUCCUUCCUCAUGGACUUCCUGUCCAGCUGCAUUGGACUCAUGGAGGUGUACAGCAACACUCCAGAGACUGUGAACCUGAUCAUCGAGGUGUUUGUGGAAGUGGCUCACAAACAAAUCUGCUACCUGGGAGAGACCAAAUCCAUGAGGCUGUAUGAAGCCUGCUUGACACUGCUGCAGGUUUACUCCAAGAACAACCAAAGCCGAAAGCGUGGCGACUCCACAGCUGAAGAGGACCAGUAUCAAGACCUGCUCCUCAUCAUGGAGCUGCUCACCAACCUGUUGUCCAAGGAGUUCAUCGACUUCAGCGACACAGAUGAAGUGUUCCGGACCCAGGACCCAGGAGCCUCGGCCGGGCGCAGCGUCUCUGCAGCAGACGUGGUUCUUUAUGGCGUCAACAUAGUGUUGCCACUCAUGUCCCAGGACCUGCUCAAGUUCCCUUCACUGUGUAACCAGUACUACAAGCUCAUCACGUUCAUCUGUGAGAUCUUUCCAGAGAAGAUCCCUCAGCUGCCCGAGGAGCUCUUCAAAAGUCUCAUGUUCUCCCUGGAGCUGGGCAUGACCUCUAUGAGCUCAGAGAUCAGUCAGCUGUGUCUGGAGGCUCUCUCUCCACUAGCUGAGCACUGCGCCAAGAGUCCAGACAAGGACACACCCCUGUAUCACGCCACGCAGCACUUCCUCAAGUUGGUGUUUGACAUGCUGCUACUCCAAAAGCACAACACAGAGAUGACUGUGGCAGCAGGAGAAGCCUUCUACUCCCUCGUGUGCCUACACCAGGUGGAGUACAAUGAGCUGGUGCAGACCCUGCUUUCCACACAGAGGGAUGCGGUCAUCUACCAGCGCCUCGCAGAUGCCUUCCGCCAGCUGACGGCCAGCAGCUCCCCUCCCACUAUGGACCGCAAGCAGAAACUCGCCUUCCUCAAGAGCCUGGAGGAAUUUGUGGCCAAUGUGGGCGGCCUCCUGUGUGUGAAAUAGCCCUGAGAGCAGUCAGUGGCUGGUCCAACAUGCAGACACAUAUGUGGGUGCUCGCCUGCACACUGCCUGUACAGCAGCCCCACCCCUCACAUGAGACAUGACACUUUAUAUUAGACAUGUGAGAGGCCAGAGCUACUGGUGUGCUGUGCUACACACAGGAAGUGCAUAUCCCUGCUGUGGAGUGCACUGAGCAACAUUGACACCUCCCCACCCUCCCUCAGCAGCAGCUCUCCUAGUGUACUGCAGUGAGGGCCUGCUCAGCGGGGAAGCCAAUAGUUUAUUUUUGUAAUCCUUUAUCAGUUUGACCUCUCCAGACUCUGGCAGUCAUGAGAAUUCAGGUAUAGAUGGGGUUUGCCAAGAAAUAAUGUUCAAACAUGGAAACUGAUACCAUGCAAAGUUCGAAAGAAGAAUCACAGGUUUUAAAUCAAAGCAGAGGAGACGUUUUCCAGAAUGACGACGCAGAUGCCAAAAUAGAUUUACACAGUGUGGUCAGAUUGCUUUGUUUAAUUUCCAUUUCAGCUAAAUACAUACAAACAUUUAUGUUAAUUUAAAAAAAAAUCUGAUUAUGUAAAAACAGAUGGAGGGCAGUAGUGUGCACAACUAUUGUAAACAAAAUUCAAAAAUCUUCAACCUGAUGAGUGUUUUCUUUUUCACAACAGAACUAUGUUAAGCUGAUUUCAGGCUGGAUAAGCCAGCUCUACUUGGUUGUUAAUUGAUGAAUAUUAUUUACAGAGACCUCAUAUGAAUAUUAAGGCCAGCACAAUCUCACAGGCCCUCCAUCUUGGUUUGGAACUGUUGACUAGAAUAAUGUGUGACACUGUCUUUUCUCUUUCUGCUCAUUUUGCAGUUGAAUACAUUUUUCAUAUGUCAUUUUAAGUUGAAAUAUCCAUAACAACCACUAUUGAUUAGAUUGUAAAGGUGUGCAGUGUAGUGCAGGUUGUGUUCUGUGUUCUGACCCCCGUGGUGCCUUUCGCUUCUGAAUGACAAACAUGAGUCCAAAGUGCCUGUCAUUCACCCAGCACACGGCUACAUCUCACCCAACCAAAAAGGACACUAAAGCUGUAAAUAUGUAUUAUGAAUCUACUAAUGUGUUAUUGAAAGCGAUGGAAAUGUUUUUUAUAUUGCCAAUAGAAGUUGCCUCAUGUUCAGACUGUGGUGGUAUGACUGGUCCAUAGGUUUCUGAUGGUUUGCAGUAUUGUGGCACUGAUGGGAUGAGUUGAAAGAGAUUUGAACUUUACUCAAGUUGCCAGAGGGAGUUUCACCGGUUCUGAUUUCAGAGAUACACUGGAGUUACGACAUCCAUGAAGGAGCUGACCACCAGGGCACUGUGGCUCAGAAAACCUGUUUUCCACCAAGUGCACAUAAAGUUAUUAAAAAUGAUGUUGCCUUUUAUUUUGGUAUUAACACAUAAUUACUGUGG